UGAAGGACUCCGUACCUUGCUUACCGCGGGGUUGUUACCCUCUCUAUGUAGAGAAGCAAGCUACAGCACUAUCAGGAUGGGUGGUUACGAGCCCGUCAAGAAGAUCAUAAGUCCGGGAAAUGAAGUUUUACCACUCCACAAGAAAAUACUUGCGGGAGCAACCUCUGGUGCGAUCGGAGCCUUUUUGACAACUCCCUUUGAUCUGGUCAAGGUCCGAUUGCAAACUGACAUUCAGAGGAAGUUACCCAACAUGUUUGUUCUUCUGUACCGAAUCGGAAGAGACGAAGGAAUUCUCAGGGGUAUGUGGCGAGGAGUCGGACCUAACAUAGGAAGAGGAACAUUUACAACUGCUGCACAGAUUCCAUCGUACGACCACUCAAAACACUUCCUGUUAAAAGUAGGCUGGCUCAGAGAAGGUCCAGUACUUCACUUUAUCUCGAGCAUAUUCGCGGGUUUUUGUGUAGCAACCGCCAAUAAUCCUGUUGAUGUGGUGAAGAGUCGGAUGCAGUCUGAAAACAGAAAACCAGGAGUUGCCGCAAAAUACAAGAACAUUCCUCAGGUUUUGUUACUGAUAAUAAGAACAGAAGGGGUGAAAGGGUUGUACAAGGGCUGGUUCCCUAACUGGGCAAGAGUCGGACCUCACACUUGUAUGACAUUCUUAAUGUUCGAGCAACUCAGACGAAUAUCUGGCAUCAAACCCCUCUAAAAGUCUAUUUGUAUUUACAAGGAAGGGGGUAUAAGUGGAAGCGUGACCACGAAACCUCGUUUCCACCAAUUUAAGGGAUAACCUGAGUGUGACAUAAUUUUUAUCAAAUAUGACAUUUCAAUGUUUAUAUUAUCAGUUCAGGAUUUUUAAUUUUAUCGGGAUCUAUCUUUACGCAUUUCAAUGAUAAUUGAUUUAUGAUAAUCAUUAAUUAGCUGCCUUUUACCAUCAUAUACUCCACAUUAGGGCGUUCACAAAUGAUAUGACUUUCUGAGGGAAACUGUUUUUUCAGAAAGUAGCUUAGGCGGAUGGUUGUUAGGUGACGACAUUACAAAUUUAAAAAUAAAAUGAAUCUUAGGUGUUUCACAGGCGUUCAUUUUAUCGAUUA